CCCCCGCCCGCGCCCCGCGGCCGCGCACCCCUCCCUCCCCGGUGGACGCGGAAGCCGCGGCGCGCGAGUGGUUGCGACAGAAGAAUAUAGCCGCAGAGAGUUUGGCAUCAAGCCGAGGAGUUACAAGAAGAUCGCUCCAGUUGUUCAAGACAGCGCACCAGCUACCAUACAACCUAUAUCAGAGCUAGCACCGAAACGGUACCCAGACCACCCCAGAACUCAAACGAGAUCACAAUAUUACUGACCAACUCCAUGGGAGGCGCCACUGUCAAGCCUCUGACCGUCGAGAACCUCGCCGAGCACACCGGACAGGUCUUCAGACCCGCCUCAUCCAGCACCACCCCGACGCUCUUCAACCCACUGUUGCUGACAUUAAUAAAAAACUAGGCGCACUAGCCCCUGCGAAAACUCUAGAUUUUGCUCCAGUCUUAAAACCUGCCAACAUCGAUAGUCGACCACAAACUACAAAAGCUAAUCUAGAAUUUCGACCAGUUGUAACUACGACAAGAAUUAAUGAAGAUUUUCGACCAGUGAUAAACAACGUGAAAUCUCUAGCCAAUUUGCCGAAGACACCUGUUAAAACAGUCCCGGGUCUAAAUAUGCCCGAUCUAAACACGGCCGAACCGUUCGCAGUGCUCAAUAAGAAGGACCCGAACGUGAGCAAGAGUAUCAUAAUAAUUCCUUCGACGAAUCGAAAUCAGCCUGAAAAGCAACAGGAAGCGAAAACUGAAGAAAACGCCGAUAAGUUACCACAAGUUGUAAACGUUAGCGGUGGAAUACAUUUACCGCCGUCGAGUGUAGGGCGAGGGUUACAUCUAGUUGUGUCGCGGUCUCCACAAAAAAACACUAUUUUAAAUUUUCAGGCAAGUGUGUCUCAAAAAAACACAAUAUUAAACUAUCAGCCGAAUAUAGUUGUGUCCGGGAGUGUGAUCAAAGGCGUGGAGACGAGGCCGAAGACGAAUACCCCUCGUCCGCACUCGGCCUCGAGCGCGGCGCAGCGGCCGCCGCUGAUCCUGAACUCGGUGCUGGCCGGCCGGGCGCCGCCGCUCGCGUUGCUGAGCUCCACGCAGCUGCGCGCGGCCCCGGCCGGGGCGGCCUCGCUAAAUAAUGUGCUGUUCAGCUCUGUGCCAGGUCACACAAUGCACUCGACACCGAUGCUGGUGCGAUCCGUGCAGGCGGGGCCGACGUGCGCGCCUACUACGCUACCCCCUUGGGCCCGCACACAACCCCCUAACCACCCACCCGCACAACCCCCUUACCCCCCACCCGCACAACACCGUACCUCCCACCUGCACAACCCCUGCGAUCCAUGCAGGCGGGACUGGCGGGCGCGCCUAGAAAGCAACCCCCUUGGGCACGCGCACAACCCCCAAACCCCCCACCGCACAACCCCCUAACC